AUGGAGUAUGAAUUCCAUCGUGGUAGCAAAACGUCAGAAGCGGCACGCAACAUUAACGACGUUUACGGUGCAAACACUACUAAUGAUCGUACCACCCGUUAUUGGUUUGCUCACUUUCGUUCCGGAUAUUUUGACCUAAGAAAUGAACCACGUGCUUGGCCAGAAAUGUUGGCCGACAAUGACGAAUUAAAAUCGAUUGUGGAGGCUGAUGAUUCUCAAACUACAGCUGAAUUAGCAGCAGCUUUCGAAGUUAGCACUAAAACAAUACUGGUCAAUUUGCUUCAAAUUGGCAAGGUAAAGAAGCUCGACAAAUGUGUGCCUCACGAAUUGAAUGAACGCAAGCGCGAAAUACGCGUCGAGACGUGCCUUGCACUGCUCAACACACGAAGGCAUAUUGAAUCGUAUUGUUACUUGUGGCAAAAAUGGAUUCUAAUCGAUAAUCGCAAACGCUCAGCUAGUCGGUUAGAUCCUGGUUCAGUGCCUAAACAAUGCCCUAAACGAAAAGUGACCCUUAAGAAAGUGAUGGUAACUAUUUGGUGCUCUAGCGCCGGUGUAAUUUAUCAUAGCUUCUUACCAAACGGCAUCAGUAUUAUUGCAGAUGUGUACUGUGAAGAACUAACCACAAUAAUGGGGAAGCUCGCACGUCUCCAACCAGCUUUGGUCAUUCGCUCGGCUCCGCUGCUCCCGCACCACAACGCGUGA